AGAAAUAAUGUUCAUUUAUUUUUAAAUUUUUUGUUGUUGGUGAAACAAUGACAACCCAUUACCAAUUUCACAUACACAGGUAGAAAAGCAUAACUUAUAGCUAUUGUACCGAUGAAUUAGUUUCUGUAAAGUGGCGCUGUUGUCAACGUCGGCGCGAUAGCUCUGAGGCUAUCUUACCGAUAGUCGCUGUAAUAGACACUGCCUUUUGAAAACUGUUUUUAUCUUAGCAAACAAUAAUAAAACUUUAAUUCUGGUGGCCAAGGUUUUUAUAAUUUGCUGAUCAGUUCUCUGGUUAUUACCCCUAAAAUUGUUCUACAAAUCUAACUAUUUAUUGAUGAAUUACGUUUAACCUUAUAUAAAUUAAGCUAAGGAAACACUCAGAAAUAUUCAAAAUGAAAACCUCCUAGUUGCCAGAAAUAAAGCAACUGCUGGUGAUCUAUUGAGGAAACCUUUGCGUGGAGUGGGAAAUGAAGUUCGUAAUAUUCCAGUUUUUCAAGAUGUUGGAGAACUGAAGUAAUCUCUUCCAGUCAUCGACUCUCAUUCUACUAAGCAGCUACCACCUGGCGUUGAAAAUAUUGACGUAGAUGAAAAAUCCACUGCUAUUCAGCAUCUAUAUUAAUGAUAUUUAUUGUUACCGAAGAAGUCUAGAGGUAUCUUUUAGAGAAAAGGCAACUAAAACCAAAGAUAGCGGAAAAGAAACUGGUUCCUGUAAAGUCUUUUAGAACUAGAUCUGAAUCAAAUAAAGGGGUGAGUAUCUGCCCUUAGAUUCAAAAUGAGCCUCUUUGAAUAUGUAUCUGGAAGAUAUUGUGAUGCAAAUUUUGAUAUUUACUCCAUUCCUCCGAGAACUCCCCAUGAAAUGAUAGUUACUAUGAAGGAAUUUAAAUUGUCUGAUUUACAAGAAUGCAUUAUUUUAAAUAUUUGUGGCCAAGGUGAACAUCUGAGAAAAGACACCAUAAACAAUGUUAUAGAUUUUUUAAAAUCUGAUUUCUCUGAUAUAACAAAAAGAACAUAUCUUCAAGUAUUAGUACACUUUUCUAAAAUGGACUUAACUGUACUAUAUACAAGAUAUGAGGCUUUCGUCUCAGUGAAUGAAGUACCUAACCAUAGAAAGAAAACAAUUGCGCAAUAUUAUGAUUUCCUAAUGUCUUCAUUUAUUUUGAAGUCAAGCCAAUUGUAUGACGCUGAAGAGUCUGUAACUCCCAUCUCUCAAGAGUAUGAUGAUAUUAUUAGGGCUUUUCUCCUUAGACCUUCUGUGCUAUCUGUAUUGUCUAUGGCUCUAAAACACCUAUUAGGUCCAAGUCACCCAAAUGAUAAGGAUUUGGAAAACGAAUUAUCAAAGAUGAACAUAUAUUCCAUUAAAAGGUUUGCUCCAAUGGAUAACCUACGUGGCUGCUGUCUUUUGGAUGGCAUAUUAGUUUGCACUACAAAAUUGGCAGGGCCUAAAGGAACAGCUAAUAACAUAGCUGAUCUCUUAACUCUUGCUCUGCAUGAGUCUUACCAUUAUUUGGCUCGUGUUAAAACUAAUGAUUUGAACAUGUCCAGCACCCAUAGCUUUAAAUCUCCUAAUGAGACGGUACGGCUGGACCCACAGUCGACACGGCUCCCUUUAGAAAUGGGACGAUACGUGGAAGAAUUAUUCUUUGAUGGGGUUCAGCCGCACUGGUCAAUAUCUAAGCUAAAUGCAGCUGAAGCCUUUUUACAUCGCGUUCAAACUCGCUCCAGCUUUCCAAUUAUUCCUAAAACUGAUCAUAAAAUGCUAGGCUUAGAAGGCCGUUUAUACCCAUCCCCUCCAUUCGGGAUUGACAUAGAAGACGAAGACGUGUUUUUCUAAUUUAAGAAAUGUUGUUGAUUUUGAACUGUUUUUUUUAAAUUUAUUUUUUUAAUAAUUUAGUUAUUAAUAGUUUGUGCCAGUGUGUGUUUAGUAAUUCCACAAUGAUGUGACCUGACUGUGUUUAAAAGAUUUGCUUACCAAAUUAUACUGUUUUAAUUUGCCAAAUUAUUUUAUAGUUAUAAGAACAAUGUAUUGUUCUUAAUUUAAUGACCCACCUUGAAAUUCUGUGAUGUCAAUGGAGGAUGUGUAUGCUCAUAAAACUAAUCAAUAGUUUCUUUGGAAUAAAGUAGGCUAUUUUUAAAUCUAAAUUAAAAAUCUAUGAGGCUGUAAUUCUCUUAUACAUACUAUCUUUUAAAAAUAAGUGUCUUAAAUGUGUUUGAAAUUUAAAGAUUAACUUUUUAAUUAUUGCUUUUCUUUUAAUUUGUUUUCUUGGUAAAUGUUUAAAAGCAAAAUGACCUUAAAUUUAAAACAUUUUAGUUAUAUGUUAUUUUAUAAAGAGUUAUGUUUUGUUAUAAAAUAGAACUUAACAGUUUGGUUGAUAACUUUAAAGACAGGCUCCUUAUCUGCAUGAAUUUUAUUUUAAAUAAAUAAAGAAAUCGAAAAAUGGAUUCUAUAAUAAAAGGAAAUUCUGUAAAUCUGCUGUGAUAUUAUAAUCUACUGUGAAACAAUAAUAUAAUAUUUCAAACAUAAGUUUUAUAUAAAGAAUUGUAAUUCAUAAAAACUGUUUAAAUGAAAUUGUACUCAGAUAGUAUACCAACAAUAAAUAUUGUUACAGAUAAAGUAAUAAAGUGUCAAAGAUACUAGUUUCGUUUGGAAAUGAUAUGUAAAUUUUAGUAAAAUUUAAAGUAAAAAAAAGUGUAGAUAAAGGUAACUACAUAAAGGGGUUUGAAGCAUAUUACUACUUCUUAUAUUGAAACAAAGAGCUGUAUUAAUGAACAACGUUGUUGUUUUUUGUGAUAUGAAUUACAGUAAAUGGUGUACAUAAAACUUU